CCGCGUGAUCGCCGCUGUGCCUGUGCGUGUGAACGUGCCUGCUGAGGCCCUAAAAGCUGUCAUGGGGACUGGGAUGAGUAAGGUCGUGGAGGGCCUGUACCUUGGAAACAUCAGGGAUUCGGAGGACAGAGAGAACUUGGUGAAGCAUGGAAUCACGCACAUCCUCUCGGUGCACAACAAUGCCAAACCUGUGCUGGAAGCUCUUUCAUUUCAGGACAUGACCUACCUCUGCAUAUCGGCCUCUGACUCCUCGAACCAAAAUCUGAUGCAACAUUUCAAGGAGUGCAUCCAGUUUAUUCAUGACUGUCGUCUGCACGGGGGAGGAUGUCUCAUUCACUGCUUAGCUGGCGUUUCCCGCAGCACCACCAUUCUGGUGGCCUACCUCAUGACGGUGACCGACUUUGGCUGGGAAGAGGGCCUGGCAGCCACCAAAGCCGUCCGUUCUUAUGUGAGCCCCAAUUUUGGCUUCCAGGAGCAGCUCCAAGAGUACGAAACGACUUUGCUCAAGGAGUACCGUGCCUGGAUCCAGCAGGAGUAUGGCAAGAACCCGCUCCACGACCAAGAAGAGGUGCAGCGUUUACUCACCCUGCAGGAGGAGAAAGUAAAAGAGCAGCAAACUGGACUUGGAGAGACAAAUUGGAUGAAUGCUCCAAGCCCAACCAGUCCGCGGCCCCACACCACCUAUGCCAGCAGCAGUCACCGAUGGAUGAACAGAUAACAAGAGCUCCUUUUGCAGCUGCUCCCAAGUUUAGAUGCCCUCCAGAUGUGUCGUAUGACAACUCCCAUAAUCUGCAACCAUCUGGGGAUAACGGGAGUUGUAUUCCAACGCGUUUGGAGGCUGCGGAGGUGGAAAGGCUGCAUUAAAGACUUGGACUCAA